AUGGCCAAAGAUUCCCCUAACGCCCCUUUACCAACCUGCAAUGAAAAGGACGUUAAUAUCAACGAUUGUCUACUUAAGGUUUUUGCCGAAAUGAUACCACGUUCUAAAGAUGGCAUACCGGAAAUCAAUAUACCACCUAUGGAUCCAUUUCUUAUUAAUAGAACAAGUUAUAUUUUCUCUCAUCCCAUUGUGCAAGGAAAAGUUUCUGUACGUAAUCUUAAAAUACAUGGCUUAAGCAAAGUAGUGACUAAAAGUUUAGACUAUAAACGCGAGGGAAAUCAUGUGAAUUUUAAAAUUAAAGCUUUUAUACCAGAAAUGUUUGUCGAGGGGAUGUAUAAGGCAAAAAUGAAAUUAAACUCGGCCAAUAUAUCAUCGAAGGGACCAUUUAAUGUGACCUUUACCCAUAUCGAUGUUGAUGUUGAAACCACUUCAGAUUUAUAUGAACGUGAUGGUCAUCGUUAUAUGCAUCUUAAAACGUUUAAUUUUGAUCCUAUUGUGGGUAAUAUGAAAUUUUAUGCUGAAGGUUUAUUGCCCGAACCUUUACUAAAUGAAGCUAUUCUGGAGUUUAUGAAUCAAAAUUGGCGCACCAUUUACAAGUCUUUGGUACCAGAAACUCGCGCUGCUUGGGAACCAGAAUUUGUAAAAUUAAGCAAUGAAUAUUUUUCUCAUGUUAUGGUGGAUACUAUUCUAAAGGAUGAUUAA